GCUUGUAGGCGAGUAGCCGGUGGUGGCGGUGCUGCCCUGACCGUCCGGGGGCGCUGAGGGGGCCGCCCUGGCAAAGGGCCUGGCGCAGGGCUGGGCGCCGCCUCUUUGCAAGUGUCACAUCAAGGGCUCGCUCCAGCCCUGCUCGCUGCUGCAGGAACUGUUCCAGUGUUGGGAAAUCUACAUUAUUUUUUUUCAUGUGUUCAGUUGCAUUUGGCUUAGAGCCAAGAAGCAAAUAAGAUGACAUCAGUUACACGACAAGAAGUUCUUGGCCUUUACCGCAGGAUAUUCAGAAUAGCCAAAAAAUGGCAAUCUGCCUCAGGACAGACGGAAGACACUAUUAAAGAGAAACAGUACAUUAUAAAUGAAGCCAAAACCUUAUUCCAAAAAAACAAAGAUCUAACAGAUCCUGAGCUGAUUAAACAGUGUAUAGAAGAAUGCAAGGCAAGAGUAGAAAUCGGACUUCACUAUCACAUCCCUUACCCAAGACCUAUUCAUCUGCCUCCUCUGGGUCUUGUCCCACAACGUAGCCGUGCAUUUCAAAACCAAGAAAAGCUGAGGAAGUUUUCCAAGCCAGCCUACUUGAGAUCCUACGACGAAGUUUCAUAACCUACUGUCACAGUAUGGUGCAUUUUAUCAUGAACUGCAAGGCAGAGGUGUCUCCUGUUCAUCUGUGAAUGCAACUGUGUGCUUGCUUACCCUCUUCCUGAUGCCACAAGCCUAGCUGAUUCAGCACAUCUAAUGAAUAGGAGUGUACGUGGACUGUCCUGUCUUUAAGAUUCAACCACUGACAUCAAUAAAAGUAACCACUUUUAA